AUGGACGGCGAGGCGGCCGCGCCGACCGGGGGGGCGGGCCCCAAGUACAUCGUGGAGCACCUGGACGAGCUGGAGGAGUGGAGCAUUCUGGAGUACAUACACAUAUGCGAAACGGUGAAGGACCAAAAUGUCAUAUUCACCAAAUUUGACAGGCCCUUUGGCGAAGUAUCGGAGGAGCACAACCCGACGUGCUACAAACAGCCCAUCAGCGAGUUGAAGGACAAAUUCGAGUGGAAAAAAAUAUGCCUCUUGGAUAUGAAAGCGACGAGCACUUUAACGUGCAGCGAUAGGGAGCACUUGGAUUACUUGCUCUUUGGAGGGAUACUCGGAAAUGUUCCAUCGGAUGACAGGACCUCUAUUUUGCGGAAGUGCCAGUUUGUCAUUUCGAGAAAUCUUGGGGACAUGCAGAUGACUACAAACACCGCCGUCCUCGUCUGCCACAUCAUUUUAGAUAAGCACGUGGAGUUUAAGGACAUCCCUUUUGUGGACAGCCCAGAAAUUCCCUUGCGAAAUGAAAAGGAGACGAUGGUUCUUCCCUUUCGUUUUGUCUCCAAGUCGUUUUUUACGGGGAUGGAGGGGGAUAGAAAUGUGCCCGUGCUGCCGCGGAAUUUUACUGAAUAUUUGAUUGGCCUGGGGGACCAGCGCGUGGGGGACCUGGACGAGUUCCUCUCGGGGGUGGUGGUGUAG